UACACCUGAAACUAUCUCGAGACGCAGGUCGAUCGGUUUUGUUAUCAUUUACAUUUCUAAUAUAGACGAAUCUAUGAUUUAUUGAUAGAGAAAUAUAUAGAGUAUUUAAAUUUAAAUCAUCUGGUUAAGAUUGAGUGAAGUUCAAAGAAUAGAAAGACUUUUAGUAUAAAAUUUACAAAAUGAUUAAACAAAUAGUGGUUCUUGUUGCUGUUGCAGCUGCUGUGUUUUGUGAUGAUGAUCAACCCGAAUACAUCAAACAGUGUCGAGAGUCGGACCCGGCGUUAUUGGAUUGUCUGAAGGAUUCGCUGCAUCACCUGAGACCGUACCUGGCCGCAGGAAUCCCCGAGAUUGAGAUGCCGCCGGUCGAGCCCUUCCGCAUGGACAAGCUGUCGCUCGCGCUCACCGGCGGACCGCAGGGCUACCGCGUUACUCUAUCCGAUAUGGAUAUAUAUGGAGCCAGCAAUUAUACAGUCAAGAACAUAAA